AUGGAUCAUCCAGAAUCUCUCAAAAUCACCUGCAGGGAGGCAGUCCUUACGGUCUUCCCCGAUAUCUGCCCUGAGUUCCUUCUGAAGGCUUCUGAGGAGAAGGGCCAUGACUUCCACGAAGUCAUCUCUCACGUUCUGGACCAGUCUGAAGAUGGCAAAUCUUAUCCCAAGCGGCCUCGCACAAACCUCAAGCGCAAACGGACCGAGGAUGGUGCAGAACAGGCCAAUGACAGCACAAGACGCUUUGACAAUGAUGAACGUCGUCGCGAGCAAAAGACACUUACCUACCUCAAGACAAGCAAAAUCCUUCUUCAGCAAGGGUUUCCUUUGGUAGCAGUAAGAGAUCUUUAUGCCACCUUUAGCCAGAAUGGUCAGUGCCUCUACCCUACAUUCAUGGCGAUGGAUAAAAUCAUGUCCGAGUAUGAUGAGCGGGAUCCGCCGUUCACGCUCAAGAAGAGACCCAUCAAGGAGAAUGCUUCAUACCUUGAGGAGGCCAUCGAGGAGACUAUCCAGAAUUGCGAAGACGUCGCCGAAAAGGAAGCCCUCAUUGAGUUCCAUGAGGCAAGAAAAGCGAGGGCUAUUCUCAGAGCCGAAGCAGAUGCCAAGUUACGCCAUGAUUUGGCAGAGGCUGACAACUUCAACCAUGCCAAAGCUGAGGGCACUGUCACCACCUGUGAAUGCUGCUGCGACGACUUUGCUUUGAAUCGCAUGGUACACUGUAAUGCUGAGAAGUGCCAUUUCUUCUGCUACGACUGUGCUCGACGGAUGGCUGAGAAUGAGAUUGGCCUCUCAAAGUAUGAGCUGGGCUGUAUGUCUAUGGACGGAUGCCAAGCUGGCUUUGCAAGAGACCAGCGGGACCUCUUCCUCGAUCAGAACGCAGCCAUCGCACUUGAGCGUAUCGAGCAAGAGGCUGUGCUUCGCCUGGCUGGCAUCGAGAACCUCGAAACCUGUCCAUUUUGCCCCUUCGCGGCCGAGUAUCCCCCAGUUGAGGUCGACAAGGAGUUUCGAUGCCAGAACCCUGAAUGCGAGUUUGUGAGCUGUCGGCUCUGCAGACAGGAAACUCACAUUCCCAAAUCAUGCGAGGAAGCCAAACGGGAAAACGGUUUAUCUGCGCGACGAGAGAUUGAGGAGGCUAUGUCUGCGGCUCUUAUACGUGGAACGCCAUUCAUCAAGGAGAAUGGAUGCAACAAGAUGACUUGUACUCGAGCCGGCUGCAUGAAUGUUCAAUGCUACGUCUGCAGCAAAUCUUGUGACUACUCGCAUUUCGAUGACACUAGCCGAGGCGGCAAACAAGGCAACUGCCCCUUGUUUGACAGCGUAGAGCAGCGUCACGAGGCUGAGGUCCGCGCUGCAGAGGAGGCGGCCCGCAAGAAGGUUGAGGAGCAGAAUCCUGACGUGGAUCACGACAUGCUCCAGAUCAAGGUUUCCAAAACAGUCAAGGCCGACGAAGAAGCUCGCCGGAACAGAAAGGAAAGGGAAUUCGCCGGAUUCCACGCCAGAAACCGUGUUCUGAACCCCCCCGCGGCUCCUGGCGGCCCGCCAAACGACCAGGAACGGCAACCUGCUAACCUGAGAUAG